AGCAAUCCGAAAAUCAUGUGGUUUAGCAUACAUAUCAGUUAUUAAAUUUGGAAAAUUUACUUUUUAUACAAGAAUUAGUAUACCGAUUUUGAUCUUAAAUGUAUCAUGUUAGAUUUUAUGAGUAUUUAAAUUGCCAUUGACAUAAAAUGUCAAAAUCACCCAGCAACAUGAGAAAAACUAAGUUGUUUGUUGAAACUAUUGGCAAUAAUGUCCAUAAGAAGAUUACACCCCACUUCAGCAAGUCAAAGGUUCUGAAGAUUUUGUUACACUGAAGUAGCUGAGUUGAUGCCUUUCAAGGCUAUUUAUCACACUAUUGUUAUUUUUUUAGUAACAUCCAAUUUGGAGAGCAAGAAUAAAUAAGUAAUUCAUGAAUAAUGCUACAAAACUACAUUAGUUCGCGCUUCACCAAGCGCGCGCUAUUGCUGCUGUUGGCCUGGGGUCUGAUUCUGAUCGCCACGGUACAAUUGCGCCAAGUCGCGGUCAGCAAUGGCAGCAAUCAAAAUAGCGUAUUUCUUCAGUCGGCCAAAGAAUCUCAGACCAAUCAACAGCAAGACUCGGAGUUGGACAAGCUUCUCAUCGAUCGACGCGGUCCCCGUAGCGAGGACGAAUUGGUUCGCGAGAUCGAGGAACGUCUUCCCAGUCUUCCGUUGAGCUAUUGGAAUCUUUAUAGAGUCAAGCAACAGACGAAGCCCAAUCGCAACGAGACCAAUCAGGGUGGCUGUCUGCCGCGAUAUCCCAGUAUUUUCGAGCUCGAAUUCAACAAUGCCUACUGGCAAACGCUGCGCACGAACAACGGCACCUUUCAAUUGUUCGGCGCGUUCUACGACGUGCGCGGCUUGUCUCGCAUCGGGCCGGCCAUCAGGAUCGUCGGCAUGAUCGACCGCAUCGAACCGACGGUUCGCACUUACUGUCAGAUGUGGUGGGAAAACGAGCGGUACCCUCGAAUCGUCGAGAUUUUAGAGUACAAAUACGUGUGGUACAAAAAGUGGGGAAAUUACAAGCAAGGCAUCUAUCAACCGUACGUGAUAGCGUGCAAGGUGCCGCAGUCGCACUGGCAUCGAGGCGCCCCGGCCUCGGUGUCGUUGGUCGAGCGUCGCUGCGACACGGCGAGCAACAACCUUCGAGUCAUCUACAACAGACCGCCCAACGACAAGAAACACGACUUCGCCGUUUGCGUCAAGGGCCUCGACUUUUUGCACGAUGAUCUGUCCGUGCGAAUGGUCGAGUGGAUCGAGCUGCUCAACCUUCUCGGCGCUGACAAAAUUUUUUUCUACGAGCUGCAAGUUCAUCCGAACGUCAGCAAGGUGCUGCAACAUUACGAGCGUCUGGGACGCGUGCACGUGACUCCGCUCACUUUGCCGGGACACCAGCCCAAUGUGCCGGGAUUCCAGCAUCUUUAUCUCACCAAAAAGACCAAUCACAAGCGUCAGAACGAGCUCAUUCCCUACAACGAUUGCUUGUACAAACACAUGUACGAGUUCAAGUACAUAGUCCUUCUGGACGUUGACGAGGUGAUCAUGCCCGUUCGCGACGCCACGUGGCGAGAACUCAUGGACAGGGUCAUGCCAAAAGCACUGAAACUGCGUAACGAAACUCGUGCCUCUUACAAUGUGCGCAACGUUUAUUUUCUCGACGAUCUCCUUCAUUCGCACGGCGCUUUCAAAGAUAUACCUAGCUGGGCUCACAUGCUGCAACACGUGUUUCGAUCCAAGAACUUCACGAAGCCAAAUCAGUACAUAAAAUGUUUUCACAAUCCAGAGCGCGUUGUUACGUUGCACAAUCACUUUCCACUGGCCUGUCUUGGAGCUGGUUGCACUAGUUACCCCAUUGACACAACGGACGCUCAAUUGCAGCAUUAUCGAGCCGACUGCGUAAAAUCGUUGAAAAAGUCGUGCGUCGAGUAUCGUGAAAAUAGCGUGCUCGACACCACGAUUUGGAGAUACAAAGAUCAACUGAUACCAAGGGUCAAUUCAACGCUCAGGAAUUUAGGAUUCUUCGGACCCGUUAGUUGACCACUGGAUCGAUUGCAUUUUAAUUGAGUUAAUUGUCAAGUUGAAUGAGAAUUUGUUGAUGGCUUAAUUGUACACGUUAUGAAAAGACAAUAUAUUCAAUAUGAAAAGUGAUUUAUAUUUGAAAGCUUGUAGCAGAAGUGAAUUGAAUUUUGUAAUUAUUGAAAGUAUUUCCAUGAAUUUUUCCUAUGUAAUAAUCAAAACUGAAUACGAAUAGUAUACUCGAUGUUUAAUUA